UAAAAGUAUUAAAACUAUUCAAAUUAGAUUAACGAAAAGACAGUUAUUGAAAAAAAAUAUCAAUCAGUAAAAUAGCUGUAUAUUAUUUGUCUUAACUUUAAACAAUCAACAUGAAAGUUUUAAAAAAUGUAAUGUUAUGCUUCUUAUUAUUUUCUUGCAUUAUGUCAUACUCUUAUGCCAAGAAGAAAAAUCUGCUUUCGAUACCUUAUUUAAACAUAAUUAACUGUUUGAAAAAUCAAAAAUCUAUUAUUUGUGGCGACCAAAAUUGCAAUGGCCCAUAUUUUUUUGAUAAAAAACUUGACGGUAUUUUAUAUGAAGUUAAAGCAAAAAUUGUAGAUAACCACGAAGGCGAUUUGUCACAUUAUAAGGAAGAAUUAGGGUCAAAUUUAAUAAAUCAUAUUUGUAGUAAAUGUGAUAAUAAAGAAAUUGAUAAGGUGUAUGGCACAAAAGAUUAUUGUAGAAAGGUAGUUAAAUAUUGUGCAAUGAGAUACGUUAGGGACGUAGUCUAUGAUAUAACACAGGCACCCAGAACUAAGUAUCCAAUUUAUGCUACUUUUCCACCUGGUAAAGUUGAGAAAUUAGACUCAAAGAAAAAAAGUUUGAACCACGAUCAAGUCAAAUCGGUAUUUCUAGAAUAUAAUCAUGACUAGUGUAUUACAUUGUAAUCUUCUAUUGUCUGAAUAUAAUGUACAAAAUUUAAAACACAAUAAAAAUAUAUUUAAAUUCCAUA